CCUCCAAAGCAGACCCACGGUGCAUAGAAUCUCCCAACUACCGUCGGUUCCCCGACAAACCUCCAACCUCGGUGGCGACUGUAUCGGCGACUCCUUUAGCAUAAGGCCGAACCAGUUGCAGUUCGCGCCACAUUUCAUUAUGACUGCUGGUGACGCUAAUCAGUUGAUAUCUGUUCAACCCAACGACCUCAAGUUCCUUUUUGAGCUGGACAAGCCUAGUUUUUGCAAUCUUCAGUUGACGAACAACACGGAUGACCAUGUGGCAUUUAAGGUUAAAACAAGUUCACCCAAGAAGUACUUUGUGCGACCGAACACUGGAGUUGUAAUGCCUCGGGACUCAUGUAUCAUCAGAGUCACUCUCCAAGCCCAAAGGGAAUAUCCUCCUGAUAUGCAAUGCAAGGACAAAUUUCUGCUACAGAGUAUUAUAGUCCCUCCGAAUACCGAUGUGGAUGAUCCACCGGCAUAUACUUUUAACAAGGAUGGUACUAAGGAGAUAAAGGAGCGCAAGCUUAAAGUUUUUUACGAAUCUCCUUCGGGUCAAGCAAAUUCAGAAGACGGAGGCUUAAAGAGCUUCACACCACAAAACCCUGAUGCAAACUCUGAGAGUCUUACCAUACAGCACCUUAAGGAUUAAAGAAAUGCCGCAGUUCGGUAAACAGUUCAGCUGCAACAAGAAGUGGAUUUUCUGAAGAGGCAAAGAAAACGUAGGAACAACACCGGCUUCUCCUUCAUGUUUGCAUCCUUUGUCGGACUGAUAGGAAUAAUGAUCGGUUUUCUGUAAAAUCUUUCCUUGGCUUGGUCGUUGACAAAAGGAAAAUACGAGUAUGGUGGGAACCAGUGAUGUUCAUUGUAUAAUGCUGAAUGUUACUGUUCUGCUUGAAGGAGUCUUCCCUUUUCCUUUCCUUUCUGUAUAUUUGAUC